ACUGCGGUUGUGGUCGCUUUAAUGUCCGGCGCAUUUUCACACUUUUAACAUUUAAUUCGAGUUUAAAUUCGUUAAUUAUUGUAAUAUUUUGGGAGUGCAGAUGGCUGCAGAAGUGCAGGAGGUUCCUCAGCUCCAACUGCAAGCGGUUAUCGGAUUUAACGGUCAUGUAUACUCAGGACUGCAGGUUCAUCCUGAUCGAGAACAUCUCAUCUACCCUCUCGGCUGCACACUGAUCAUUAAAAACCUAAAAGAUGGAAAGCAGGAAUUCCUUCAUGGUCACACCAACAACAUCUCCUGUCUGUCUGUAUCGAAAAGUGGAAGAUAUAUAGCAUCAGGACAGGUCACCUUCAUGGGCUUUAAGGCGGAUGUGAUAAUUUGGGAUUAUGCCAAACGAGAAAACUACGCCAGACUUGUUCUUCAUAAAGCUAAAGUAGAAGCACUGGCUUUCUCUCCAAAUGAAAAGUACCUGGUGUCUCUGGGAGGCCAAGAUGACAGCAGUAUUGUGUUGUGGAACGUGGAGAAGAAGGAGGCAAUCUGUGGAAGUCCUGCCUCUGCUCAAAGCGCCGGUCACUGCCACACCAUCAGUUACAGCAACCAGAGCGACCAGGUCUUCAUCUCCGCCGGAAAUGGUACACUCCGCGUUUGGGAACUGGACCUUCCAAACAGGAAAAUCAGACCCACUGAGUGUCAGACGGGACAGUUAAAGAGGAUUAUUAAAUGUAUAGAGAUUCCUGAGGAUGAUGGGUUCUUUUACUGCGGUACCACGAGUGGUGACGUCCUGAAAGUGAACCUGAAGAGUCAACUGCUGAACAGCUUCGGUCCUGUAAAACACAAAUUCAGCAAGGGUGUCAGUUCUCUGAAGGUGUUGAAGACAGGAGAUCUGUUAGUAGGAUCAGGAGAUGGAGCCAUCAACCUCUGUUCUGGUACAAACUUCAAAGUCACCAAGAGUGUGAUGGUAGAGGGAGGCGUAUCUUCAAUAGCUUUGCGUGGUGAGGGUCACCAUGUCUUUAUUGGCACUGAAGCAGCUCAGAUUUACAGACUCCGGUACAAUGAAUUCAACCCUGAACUCCUGUCCACCAGCCACAGCAGUGCAGUUGGGGAUGCGGCAUUCCCUGUAGGAACAUCAGAGCUGUUUGCUACCUGCUCUCAGGAUGAUAUUCGGGUAUGGCAUACCGAAUCCAGUAAAGAACUUUUACGCAUCCAAGUCCCCAACAUGACGUGUAACGCUCUGGGUUUCAUGCAGGACGGCAGGAGCAUCUACAGCGCAUGGAAUGAUGGGAAAAUCCGCAUGUUUACACCUGAGAGUGGUCGCCUGAUGCUGAUCAUCCAUAAUGCUCACAGUAUGGGAGUGACGGCUAUAACGAGCACCAGUGACUGCACGCGGCUCAUUAGUGGAGGAGGAGAAGGACAGGUCCGUGUGUGGGAGAUUCUGAACACCUCACAUAGACUGUUAGCCAGCAUGAAGGAACACAAAGCUUCAGUAAACGCCAUCAAGAUCAAAAGUAACGAUCUGGAGUGUGUAACAGCCAGUUCAGAUGGAACCUGCAUCAUCUGGGACCUUGUUCGCUAUGUGAGGAAUCAGAUGAUUUUGGCAAACACGCUGUUCCGAACCGUUUGCUAUCAUCCUGAAGAAUACCAGAUCAUCACCAGCGGAACGGACAGGAAGAUUGGGUACUGGGAGGUGUUUGAUGGUUCAGCUAUCCGAGAGCUGGAAGGAUCACAGUCGGGAGCUAUUAAUGGAAUGCACAUCACAGAUGAGGGACACCACUUUGUCACUGGUGGAGAUGAAAAGUUGGUAAAACUGUGGCAUUAUUCAGAUGGAGAUGUUACCCACGUGGGUGUGGGUCACAGUGGCAGCAUCAGCAGUGUUUGUUUCUGUCCAAACAACAGAUUUAUCAUUAGUACCAGUACAGACGGAGCCAUUCUGCGCUGGAAAAUUCCCUCACAACUCAUAAACAACUAACCAGAACAUAUCAACUAUGCUACAAGAGAUAAAGACAAUAAAUCAAUAAAGCUGCUAUAUAACGUA